AUGACCCGUCGCAUCACCCGCGCGACGGCCGAGUCCGACGCGACCGUACUACGAAGCCGACGAGUCUCCAGAACGGCAACACCUCGCCCUCGUGCAUCUCGCCAGCCUUCGAUUCGCCGACGCACAAGUGUGAACCCAGAUGAGCCAGCUCCAGCUCCAGCAACUUCUUCACCCUCUGUUCAUUCUUCACCCGUCUCUCAAACUCAACAGUCGUCGCGCACAAGUGUCCAGCCUGCACCCGACUCCCCUCAACCCCCACCUGCCUCUGGCCAAGCCCUCCCGCCUCAGCUUGCCUACCAUACUGAAAGGUUUCGGCAGCUUGACAACGAGGACCGCAGGCAUGACGUGAUGCGACGCAUUAUGGAGAUGAUGUUCAUGCUUAAAGAGACCACUACAUUCGACAAUGCAGAGAGGGACCCUGUUUCAGAAACCUACACUAUCUUACGUGGUCUUGUCGAUGAACUGGAGACUUUGGACAACAAUGCCGUGGUUCAUCGAAGGCGUGUUGCUGAAGCCAAGGCACUCGCUGAGAGGGAGGGGUACCUAUCCGCAUUGGCCCUGAACGUGUGCGAUAGGCAGUCUGCUCAUACCUUUUUCCCUGGCUGCAAGACGAGUCUGUCGGAUUUUGGUGCGUGUGAGCCAACUACCAGGGCAGAGACAAAUACCCCUACUACCCCGAAGCUCUGGCACCGUUCACACGAUUCCACUACUUCUCAUACCCUACCCUUGGACAAGCACGAGUGCCCCUGGAUGGCCAAUGGCAGCACCAAGAAUAGACAGCGGCUCGAUCGUCCUGAACUCUGGGGUCAGCUGCAACAGAUUGCAGCACUCUAUCAAGGGGUCUUUCGACUCCGCCAUAGCCUCGGCAAGGAGUGUCUUCUCAUCACUUCUAUGUCAGUCCGCCAACAAUUUAGCUGCGUCCACGACAUUGCAUGCAUUGCCAGCCAGUAUCCACGACCCCCUUUCCUUGUGCCGCCCACGCUGCUGGAACCGAUGACCAGCAUUUCGCCAACCCAAUAUCCUAUUGCUUUGAGAAACCGUCGGCAGAAGAAGCUGCUGUUGGCUGACCACUUGGCGCACGGACAUUCUCUGGAGCGUUGCGCACCUUAA